GACAUAAUAUUCUUUCAUAAAUUUUGAAGAUAAUAUAUAAAAUCAUUCUAUAAGACAGUAUAUAUGCGCCAAGUUACAGAUAUUAAGACAUUAUUUGUGAGAGUUUGUAGAGUUUUUAUAUAAACAUUUAGUUGAUUGGAAAGGAAAUAACACUGAUAUCGUUUAAGUCGGCAGCCGGUUGCAGUUCAAGAAACAAGUUUACUCGCCUGAUAUAGUGCGCUUUUACUUACCUGGUUCUACUGCAAAUUCAAAUACCGCAUAAAAUAAGGAAAAUGGUAGCAGGACGCGUUCUAGUGUACGGUGGAAAAGGUGCGUUGGGUUCGAAGUGCAUUGAAGAGUUCAAGAAGGUGAAUUUUUGGGUGGCUAGUAUCGACCUUGCCGGGAACGAGAGUGCUGAUGUUAACGUGGCCGUGAAUCUCCAGCAGAACUUCGUCGAGCAGGAGUCCGCUAUUGUUAAGGCGGUGGGGGAUGCCUUGAAGGAAGAAAAAUUAGAUGGAAUAUUUUGCGUUGCAGGUGGAUGGGCAGGUGGAAAUGCAUCAAAGGAUUUAGCGAAGAAUUCCGAAAUGAUGUGGAAGCAAAGUGUGUGUAGUAGCGUCAUCGCUGCAUCUUUAGCAUCAAAAUAUCUGAAGGAAGGAGGAGUUUUGCAACUUACUGGAGCUAAUGCGGCUUUACAAGGAACUCCAGGAAUGAUAGGAUAUGGUUUGGCCAAAGCAGCUGUUCAUCAUCUGACCAGGUCUCUAUCGAAAAAAGACAGCGGACUACCGGGCGAUAGCAACGUCGUCGCCAUAUUGCCCAUAACUUUAGAUACGCCAAUGAAUAGAAAAUGGAUGCCCGACGCUGAUUUUUCCACUUGGACGCCACUGGAAUUUAUAGCCGAAUUAUUCGUUAAAUGGAUCAAGAAGCAAGAUCGUCUAACCAGCGGAUCGCUGGUACAGCUAACGACCAAAGAUUCGAAAACUGCCUUGACGGUGGCGAACAGCGAUAAAAAGGAUGGCGAUUAUUGUUAUUUAUGAAUACUGUGGCGCUCAGCUUUGUGAAUUAUAUGUAUAAAUAUGUAUAUUUUAAUUUAAAUAAACCUUCAAUUGAUUUUUCAAA